GUUGAAGCCAUUGCUCGACAGAAGCUUCCAAGCAAUGUGUAUAAUUACUAUGCCUGCGGUGCCGACAACCAAUCAGCACUAGAAAGGAAUCAAUGUGACUUUGAUAGUCUACUUAUUCUACCACGCGUACUUCGCGAUGUCUCUUCUGUUGACACGUCAACGGAACUUUUCCAGACGAAAUUUUCAAUCCCGAUCGGCAUCGCACCCAGCGCUAUGCAACGCCUAGCAGGGCCAGAGGGAGAGCUGGGUAUGGCAAGUGCAGCAGCCAAAAUGGGCCUCAAUAUGACUCUCUCCUCAAACUCGACAACAUCACUGGAGGAUGUGGCCUUUGUUAGGACUCAAAGUGAACGUAAAUCCAUGGCUCCGUUCUGGUUUCAAAUCUAUCUUACCGCCGACGUGGAGCUGCGUGUCCCUUUAAUCAAGCAUGCAGAAGCGGCGGCCUAUCAGGCCCUGGUUCUCACUGUCGACACCCCAGUUCUAGGGAACCGCAUCAAUGAGCGCCAAACCCCAUUGAUUCUUCCCGAGGGCCUUCGUUUAGAGAACCUUGAACACGAUAAGGUGGAAGGCCCUCGAAAGCCAUCCCCGAAUCGCAUCUUGAUGGAUGCGCGAACCCUCGAACAGGCAACCAAUGCCCUCCGCGAGAUCGGAGGCAAGGCCCACAGCGCCUCUCUAACCUGGGAGUCGACCAUCAAGUUCUUACGACAAACGACAAAGAUGAAAAUCAUUCUGAAGGGUAUACUGGCACCCGAAGAUGCUGCACUUGCGGUUGAAUAUGGCGUUGAUGCUAUAAUUGUCUCUAACCACGGAGGCCGACAACUGGAUUGCGUGCCUUCUACCAUCCAGGCAUUACCAGGUGUCGUACAAGCAGUGGGUGGAAGAAUACCGGUUAUUCUGGAUGGAGGUAUUCGCCGAGGAAGUGAUGUUUUCAAGGCAUUGGCACUCGGCGCAGACUUUGUGCUUGUCGGACGGCCAGCAUUAUGGGGGCUGGCGUCUGACGGCCAAAAAGGAGUGGAAACGGUGAUGAAUAUUCUUGAAAGGGAGUUGAGCCGCACCAUGGCAUUGGCCGGAGCAUCUAACUUGCGAGAAAUUAACUCGACUUUGCUUAGAUUGUCUGUGGAUGGGCGGUUGAGUAAACUUUGA